AUGUCUCUGGGACGUACCUUCAAGCUCAACUCGGGCCAUGAGAUCCCUGCCGUCGGUCUGGGAACCUGGCUCUCCAAACCCCAUGAGGUUGAAAAUGCCGUCGAAACAGCUCUACACUUGGGAUAUCGCCAUAUCGAUGCUGCUGCAUGCUAUCUGAACGAGUCAGAAGUGGGCAACGGCUGGAAAAAAUCCGGUGUUCCUAGAGAACAGAUCUUUAUCACUAGCAAACUGUGGAACACUCAUCACCAUCCCGAAAACGUGGAAGAGGCGCUCAACAAGACUCUGAACGAUCUUCAGACAAACUACCUUGAUCUGUACCUGAUCCACUGGCCAGUGGCAUUUGAGCAUACAACUGAGACUCUCACACCCACAGAUCCGGUCACCAAAAGAUUCCGAAUUGCAGAUGUCCCCGUCUCCGACACAUGGGCAGAAUUGGAAAAGCUUGUCAAGGCAGGCAAGAUCAGGAGCAUUGGAAUUAGCAACUUUACUAUCGAAAAGACCCAAGAAUUGCUCAAGACCGCGGAGAUCCCUCCAGCAGCGAACCAGAUUGAAGCCCACCCCUAUCUCCAACAGCCGGGGCUCACCAAGUUUCUGAUUGAAAAUAACAUUCUUCCUGUCGCCUACAGCCCGUUGGGAAAUAACAUCUAUGAACUUCCACGCGUUGUUAACGACCCUAUCGUCGAAGAAAUUGCAAAGAAACUGGGCAAAGACCCUGCUCAGCUGUUGAUCUCAUGGGCUGUCCAGCGCGGUACAGCCGUGCUGCCCAAGAGUGUCACCUCAUCGCGGAUUGAAAGCAACUUCCAAGACUUUGUCGUACCCGAUGCUGAUCUCGAGGCGCUCAACAAACUCGACCGCAACCAACGAUACAACUACCCCUUCCGUUGGGGAAUUGACGUCUUCGGUGAGCUAGGAGCUGAGGAAGCUGAAAGACGGGCAGAGGAGCAUGCUGUGAAGUUGAGACAAGAGGUGUCUUAG